AUGGCGACAUUGCGGCGGUUACCGCGGGGAUACGGCUUCCGUCCGACGGACGAGGAGCUGGUCCACGGCUACCUGCGGCGGAAGGUGGAGAACCGCCUCGCGGACGACCACGGGCUCAUCGUUGAAGUCGACAUUCUCCGAUACGAGCCGUGGGACCUGCCCAGCCAGUCGCCCCUCGAAGCCGGCGAGUGGUACUUCUUCUACGCGCUCGAGAAGAAAUAUCCGAACGGCUCGCGCGUGAAUCGCGCCACGCGGAGAGGGUACUGGAAGUCGACCGGCGACGCCAAGCCCGUGCACAGCUCGCGCACGUCGCGACAAAUAGGGUCCCGGAAGACGCUCGUGUUCCACCUGGGGAGGGCGCCACGUGGCGAUCCUACGGACUGGAAGAUGUAUGAGUACCGCCUGGAGCCCGAGGUGGACUACGUGCUGUGCCGCUUGUUCAAGAAGCCGCCUGCUGCGAGCGCUGCGAGCCAGCCGCCUGCUUCGAGCGAGCCGCCUGCUUCGAGCGAGCCGCCUGCUUCGAGCGAGCCGCCUGCUGCGGCGCUGAUGGACGUUCUGGAUCUCGAGGAGGCCGACCUCCUGCCCCUCCACCCUGCCGCCGCGCCGCUUGUGCCCGUUGCCGUGCCGGUUGCCGUGCCCGUUGCCGUGCCCGUUGCCGUGCCCGUUGUCGUGCCUGUGAGCGACGUGGAUCUAGACACAUUCUGGGAGAACAUUUCUCGGCAAGCUGUGUCGGCUGGGAGGUCUGCGGGGGGCCAUGUGGCGGAGUAUGGGGCGAGCCACGUGGUGGAGCAUGGGCUGGGCUAUGUGGCGGAGCAUGAGGAGAGCCACGUGGCAGAGCAUGAGGAGAGCCACGUGGCAGAGCAUGAGGAGAGCCACGUGGCGGAGGAGGUCGAGUGGCGUACAGUGUACGAGGAGCUGCCGCCGCUCUCGGAGGGCUUUUCCAUCGACGAAAGCCACUCCGCCCUCCCCGCCGCUCCCCCGGCUCCUGCCACUUUCGCUGCACCGGCACCCGGUGGUGUCGCGCCUGCUGCCCUUGCUGGCGCAGCGCUCCGAGUGGCAGAGCGAGCGGCGCCCAGAGCACCGGGCGCAGCGGCUGUACCCUCGAGGCUGGCGGUGCCCGUGCCACCAGCGCCCGUGCCACCAGCGCCCGCAGCAGGCGCAACCACCAUGACCGCGGCCCUCGCAGGGCUGGCUAGGGCCAGAGCGGCACAUGGCGCUGCCGCUCCCCUGGGCCGCACCCACGCGAGAGCAACGGUCCGGGCGAGGUCGAGGCCUGUGCGCGCAGCUGGUGCCGUCAUGCACGGCCGGCGCAUGCAGGCGCUCAACGCGCCGCAGCUGGCGGGUGGCGGUGGGGGAGCGCGGCUGGCGAGCACCAGUGCGCCGUCUCAGAAUUUGGGCGCGCGCCCUGCGCCUCACGAGCAGCUGCGUCUCGCGGAGGCGGAUGGCACUGUGGGUGAUGAGGACUGUCUCAUGGGUGCGCAUAGGUUGUCUAGGGAUCAGCAUGAGGGCAUGGUAGCAGCAACACCCGUAGCAGCAACACCCGUAGCAGAAUUUGAUGGCUGGGGUCUGGAUCCACACAUGGAGCUCAGCGUCGUUGCAGACGUCACAAGGGCUGCACCCAGCCCACCUGUGGCCGCUGGGCCACGUCUAGCCCCUCCGCCCCUCCCUGCUGCCUCUGCUGCCGCUCCUGCAGCAGCGGAGGUGGUGCUUCCGCCCCCAGUGGCAGCACCAGCAGCAGCAGCAGAAGGGGGGGCAGGCGGGUCAGCAGCUGGUGCCGUGGUGGUGGAAGAGGGAGGUGCGGUGGUGGAAGAGGGAGGUGUGUGUGCCGGUGCUCGUCCCAUGGCAGGUCUCAUCGCACACUCUGCCCGGAAAACACGCGCGCGUCGCCACCUGUGGCACCAGUACCUGCCCGCUCGGCGCUCAGUCAGCCUCGGAGUUGCUUCUGCUGCUGCUGUUCCCACACCAGCAGGAGCAGCAGCAGCAGCAUAA